AUGUCUCGAGUGUCAACAGUGCUGACUGUAGUAGUUUGUUUAACGGUGUGCUUUCAUGUGACAAUUGCCUCCAAUAAAACAAAGGUGAUCGAAUCCUUCCACGUGAAGUCAGACAUCCGGUAUCGCCUAGCAACGACCCAGAUAGAAAGUGUGGUGAGAAACACCGCAGGCAUCGCCCAGGAAAUCUUUUUUGAUGUCACCCUUCCCAAGGAGGCCUUUAUCAUCAGCUUCGCUAUGAAAAUUGAUGGUAAAGUCUACAAGGGAGAAGUCAAAGAGAAGUCAGAGGCUAAAAAGACCUACCUUGAUGCUGUUGAGAGAGGACAAACUGCUGGUCACGUCAAACAGGCAGCCCGCCAUGCCAAUGUAUUUGAAGUGUCUGUCAACGUGGCAAACGGAUCUGCCGCCACAUUCACACUAACGUAUCAAGAAAUGAUGAGACGAAAACUGAAUGCCUAUCAACAAGAAAUUCAUAUCUCUCCCGGACAGGCGGUGAAGGACUUUCUCAUCGAAGUCUUCAUUCAGGAAAACAAGCCGCUCAGAUUUGUGAAAAGUCCAGCCUUACAAACAGGGUCACUGCUUACUAACAAAAUCGAAGUUGAUAGCAAAAUUACAGUGAUUGACAGACCAAGUGCAAACAGCGCAUACAUCUCUUACAGACCCUCACUGUCAGAUCAGGGUGAUGGCGGUCUCUCAGCUCGCUUCAUUGUUGAAUAUGACGUGGAGCACAGUGCUAAAGGCGAAAUCCUGGUAGUUGAUGGCUACUUCGUUCAUUUCUUCGCUCCCGAUAUAGCCCCGAUGCCAAAGGACAUUGUUUUCAUUUUGGAUGUGUCCGGCUCAAUGUCUGGUCAGAAAAUACAGCAGCUGAAAGAUGCCAUGUUGGCCAUCCUGGGAGAUCUUCAGCGGGAGGAUAGGUUUCACAUAAUCACGUUCAGCUCAUCGGUACACAAGUGGGAAAGUGAAUUUUCAAGUGCAACUCCAGAGACAAUUGAGAGAGCACGAACUUUCAUCAGGUCAAUUGUUGCUGACGGAGGUACUAACAUCAACUCUGCCUUGGUAACUGGCGCUCUGGAACUUAAAGGAAUAGAAGAUCCCACACGAGCUGGAAUGAUUUUCUUUCUCACUGACGGGCAACCUACAGAGGGCAUAGUUGACCCUUCCAGAAUUACAGCAAACGUCUUGGAGACAAAUGGCAACACAUCGGCCAUAUUUGGUCUAGCCUUUGGAAAAUACGCCGACUAUGACCUUCUGACAACAAUCAGUAAUCAAAACUCUGGGUUUGCCAGAAAGAUUUACGAAGAUGCAGACGCCGCUUUGCAGGUUGCUUCUUUGUACAAGGAGAUAUCAGCCGUCUCCAUGAAACACCUGUCAAUUGAUUACUUACCAAGCAGCGUGGAUGAGUUCACAGUCACUAAACGGGACUUCCCUGUUAUUCUCACGGGUACUGAAGUGAUUGUUUGUGGCAGACUGGCAGAACAUGCUGAAGUCUUUCAGAUGGAAAUGACGGCCAUUGAUAAGUCUGGACCGGUCAACAUGAUCAUCGAGAUCGACAAUGUAACUGACCUGGUCAUUGACGGCGGGGAAACUGACAAUAAGUUCUUUACAAUGCCUCGCGACUUCUCAGGAAUAGUUGAAAGAAUGUGGGCGUAUCUAACUAUCAAGGAGUACCUGAAAGACAAAGAAAUAUAUGCUUCUAAUGAAACAAAGGUAGAAGAACUGAAGGCAAAGAUUAUACAGACGGCAAUUAAGUACAAAUUUGUGACGCCACUGACGUCAAUGGUAGUAACCAAACCGGACAGUCGGGAGAAAGCCGUGGAGUCAUCUCUAGAAGACGCAGACAGUCGCCAGGAGAGCAAGCAGCAGAGCGGACGAGUGUUUCAUAGUUUUCCUGACUAUGUUGGACGAGGCGCUGCUGUUCAUUCAAAUGGCCAAUUUGGUCCACAAUUCAUGAGAUAUAAUGGAGGACCCCAAUUCUUUCCCUCGCGUUCUCAGCAUCCAGUUAAUUCCAAGGCUAAGAAAAGGAAACAGGGAAAUCGAAAAGUUGACAACACAUUUUCAGCUACUCCGCCCACACCUACUUCAGACAUGAUUCUGACAGCGAUCACAGUUCGCACAAGCAACCUCAGUCUGUGCCUGGCACCCAAGAAAAUCAAGAAUGGAAGCUAUGAGCUUAUCAAAACUCCCACUGGUACACAAAUCAACAUUGAAAUAUUCUGCUUUAGUAAGAGCUGUAAGGACAUAGUGGUGAAAAGCAUUGCUUUUAAUAAAAAUGGAUCAUCGACCAAGAUAUCUGUACAACGGAAUCACACCUGGGAGUAUAACAAUGGGAGCCAUACCAGCGUAACACAGUCAGACAGCAGACUAACAGUACAAGACACGGAAAGCGAAUAUGAAGUGGCUAUCGACAGAGCAGUAAAGAAUGGACUACAUUAUUAUACUAUAAACAUUACAUUGCCUCUUCCCAAAGGAAAUAAAGGUUUCAUUGGCGAUAUCCUAAACAUGAAGAGCAAACAACUUAACAAAUGGAGAAAAACCAAAGUGCCUGCCAUAUGCAAAGACAAGUCCACUGAUAUUUCCAGGACUGUGAACAACAAAAUGUUGGCUGGUUACAAGUUUAUGCCCUGA